AUGGGGAGCAGGGAAGGAGUGAAUGGUUUGACAAUCCCCAUCAAGAAGAUCAGAGACAAGAGGAGGAGCAAAAACAAAAGCAAGAACAAGAGCAAGAACUCCAAAGAUGCAUACAUGAGGAAAGGGAAAUUAGAGAAUUACAAGAAAAGAGAUGGGACACGAUCGUUACGCUCUGAGAUUGAGAGGCACAACAAGAAAUAUAUCUGGUACCAACUUCAACUACUAGAGUGGAAGACGCCCAUGAAACCCAACACAAGAUGGCAUCUAAUAAAGAUUUCUGAAUUCAAGAGAAAUUAUAUAUCAUCUACAUAUACUGGGUCUGAACUCAGGAUCGCAGUGUUUGGGAAAAGUCAGACUGAAAAGACAACACUUAGUAACUUCAUCAAUGGACAUCAUCCAACAAUGUCCAAGCAAGUCGCACCAACCCAAGGACAGUGGAGGAGAAAACCCAUCAAGGUGGUGAAAUCAGCAGACGUCUUCAGUCUGCCAGUGGAACGAGUGAGACUUCAGAUGAAGAAGUGCGUAGCUGAAAGCCCGCCUGGACCAAAUGUCCUCCUGCUGUUAGUUAAGCCUUCUGAUUUCACUGAGCAGGACAGACAAAAAUUGAAGUUCAUCAUGAGCUUCUUUGGACAAGAUGCUUUUAAAUACUCCAUGGUCAUCUUAACACAAAAUGACAGGUUAGGGAAUCCUUCAGUUAAUCAACUCAUCCAAGACGGCAGACAAAGGCAGCACAGAAUGAACUUUGAUGAAAGGGAUUUCUCAGAUUAUGAUCGUAAAGAAUUGAUGGAAAAGAUUGAGAUGAUAGUGGAUGAAAACAGAGGACAAUAUGUCACCUUCACCGAAGAGACAGUUCCUAUGGCAGCACCUGCAAAAAACCCUCUGAACCUGGUACUGUGUGGUAGACAUGGAGCCUGUAAGCAUUCAGCUGCGAAUGCCAUUCUGGGAAAAAGUAAGUUUGGUCCACCUGCGGACUCUUCAGAGUGUGUUAAAAAGCAAGGAGAGGUGUGUGGAUGUUGGGUUUCCCUGGUGGAGCUGCCUGCCUUGUAUGGAAAACCUCAAGAAGCGGCAAAGAAAGAGUCACUCAAGUGCAUCUCCCUCUGUGAGCCUGAGGGCGUCCACGCCUUUGUCCUGGUCUUACCUUUAGAUAAUCCCAGUGAGGAAGACAAGAAAGAGUUAGAGACAAUCCAAAACACUUUCAGCCAUAGAGUCAAUGAUUUCACUAUGAUUCUUUUUACUUCAGAGUUCAAUCCUAACUUUCUACUGGUUGAGAAGUUUCUACAGGAAAACAGAGAUAUCCAAGAUCUCCUUCAGAGCUGUGAUGGACGAUACUUUGUCUGCAACAUCAAUGACAAGCAGCAGGUCUCAGAGAUGUUACACACUGUGGAAAAGAUGAGAGAUGUGGGAUGCAGAGGGUUCACAAAAGAUUUGUUUCCCAGGCUCCCAGAGAAUCGGCUUUCAAGACAUGCAUCUUUUUUAAGGCCGGAAGGUUAUCAGAAAUAUCAAGAAAAAGAGUUUUUCCAGGCAGGGCCAGGUAGAGCUUCUUUCAGGGUGGAGCCGAGAAGAGAAUCUCAAAGAUUGGAGCCGAGUAGAGAACCUCCAAGAUUGAAGCUGAGAACAGAAUGGACAAGAUUGGAGCCGAGUAGAGAACCUCCAAGACUGAAGCCGAGAAGAGAACCUCCAAGAUUGGAGCUGGGAAGAGAAUCUCCAAGAUUGGAGCCGAGAAGAGAACGUCAAAGAUUGGAGUCGAGUAGAGACUGUCUCAGGAUUGUUCUGAUUGGGAAGACUGGUUGUGGAAAGAGUGCCACAGGAAACACCAUAUUGGGCAAAGGUCGCUUUCAUUCUAAAGUUUGUCAAAAAUCAGUGACCAAGCUGUGCCAAAAAGAAACAGGAGAGAUUGAUGGGCGGCCCGUUGCUGUGGUUGACACCCCAGGCUUGUUUGACACAACUCUGACCAAUGCUGAUGUUCAACAGGAGAUUGUGAAAUGUGUCAGCUUGUUGGCUCCAGGACCUCAUGUGUUCCUACUGGUGCUGCAGAUCGGCCGCUUUACACAAGAGGAACAAGACUCUGUGGAACUGAUCAAGGAGUUUUUUGGCAAGAAGUCAGAAGACUUCAUCAUUGUUUUAUUCACCAGAGGAGAUGAACUUAAAACCCAAACACCUGAGGAAUACAUCGAAGACGACCCAGAAGGCCCUUUAAAAAAUCUGAUAACUGAAUGUGGAGGAAGAUAUCACGUCUUCAACAACAACGAUCGUCAAAAUCGCUCUCAAGUCAGCCAUCUGCUGACCAAGGUUGAGUCAAUGGUCAGGGGAAAUGGUGGUGCCUACUACACCUCAGAUUUAUUUCAAGAGGUUGAGGCAGAAAUACAAAAGGAAACAGAGAAGAUCCUAAAGGAAAAGGAGCCAGAGAUACAGAGGGACUUGGAAAGAUACUUUCAAAAAGAAUUGCAAAAGAGAAGGGAAGUGGCAGGGCAAACACCUAAACUUGAUCCACAAAGAGAACAGAGAGCCAAAGAAAAAGAGGAGGAGAGAAGGAGAGAGGAGAAUCAGAAGAAGAAAAGGCAAGAGGAAUCCCAACGACUUGAGUGGGAACAAAAACUUAUCAAUCUGGAAAAAGAAUUUAAAUAUAUGUCAUUAAGAAAUGUUGUUGCUGGCAGUGUGAUGUUAAUGCAAGCUAGAGAAGACAUAAGAAAAGAACAAGAGGCUUGGGAGCAAGAAAAUAGGGAAUGGUGGGACAAACGGCAUCAAGAAGAACAGAGACGGGAGGAGGAGCAAAAACUACUGAAAAAGCUCCGUCAAGAACAAGAGACAGAAAUGUAUAUAUACGAAAACUACAGAAAGGAAGAUGAUAUCAGAAAAGUAUAUGAGGAAAGGGAACGCAGAGAACUACAUGAGGAAAUAAAGAGGAAAUUUGAGGAGCAAGCAAGAAAGCAAGCUGAAGAAUGCUGUGAAUUCAGACACAAAUAUACCAGGGAUGUUGAUGAUGAGAUGGAAAAGUAUGGGACAGAAAUCAGGCAUCUGAAGGAGAAGCAACAAACCCAAAAUGACUUUGUGAUAAAACAGCUGUGCAGACACAAGGUAUACCAGAAAAGCUUUGAUGGACUGAAGAAAAAACAAGACGAAGAAAUGAAGGAGCUGAAAUCGCAGCUUCUUUUACGUGAAAGAGAACAUGUGAACAAAGAAAUCAAUGAGCUGGAAAAAAAGCACGAGGAGGAAAAAUAUGACUGGAUUCAAGAACAUGUGAAGAAAGCUAGCAAAAACAAAGCUUGUAGCAUUCUGUGA